AUGGCUCGUCAGCUUCGUCAGUCUCUCUUUGCCCUUGCGGCGUUAUCAAGCGUUCAAGCGUACUUCCUCGUUGGCGUUCGCAACAUUCUCGUCACCGAGAGAUUGGACCCCAUCCUUAGCCCAGGCGCAGUAUCGGGCCAUACCCACUCUGUCGUUGGUGGCAGCAACUUCGGUAUGAAUAUCACCACCGAUUCGUUGAGGGACAGCGAAUGCACCUCGAUGCCAAUCGAAGAGGACAAAUCCAAUUAUUGGUACCCACAUCUUUAUUUUCAACAUAAGAACGGAUCGUUCUCAGCUUUGGACGUGGGCAAUGUCAUGUACUUGUACGCUGUUUCUCUUCGGAAUAAUUUUGCGCUGCUCACUAUCAACGUGUCGCCAGACUAUCUCUUCAAUGACGCGGCAGAUGGCCAGCCCAACACGGUUCAGGCGUUCCCUGAUAACUUCCGCAUGAUUUCUGGUGAUAUGACGCUACGAUCUUACAAUGAGAGCAGCUAUGCUCAGCAAGCCGUCACCUUCUUGUGUUUGGAUUUCAACGGAGUGUCGACUAAAUACAACAUGCUUCCUCCUGUCUCAUGUCCAAGUGGUCUUCGUGCUCAAAUUAACUUCCCUAUGUGCUGGGAUGGCAAGAACUUGGACUCGGCCGAUCACAAAUCCCAUGUCGCAUUCCCCUCUGGAGGCCCUGACAGUGGAACAUGCGACGAUCCCGCAUUCCCUGUAACUAUUCCGCGUGUCUUCAUUGAGGGCUACUGGUCGACUGGUGAAUGGGACGCAAUCAGAGAUACCGAUGCCAUGAACUCUACUCAACCAUACGUCUUCUCUUACGGUGACCCCACCGGCUACGGAUACCACGCUGACUUUUACAAUGGCUGGGAAAGUGGUGUUCUUCAAAACGUUUUAGACAAGUGUGCUUGCACUUCUGCUGGAUUUGGUGAUGCUACCUGCUGUGGUGAACUUGGGGUUUUCACUCUCGACACUUCUGGUACUUGCGCCAUCACCUCAAUCGUUGACGAACAAGUUCUUGGAACUGUCGAUCAACUCCCUGGAAACAACCCUGUCCAGUAUGGACCAGAAGAUGCCACCAUCCAUGCUGCCACAUCGGUACCUGCUAUUCUGUCUCCAGCCUACGUAUACACAGGGUCCACCCCGACCGCUACUGGAAGUAUAGUCACAGCUGCUUCAGGUGUCUCGGCUGCGGCUGCCACCACUGCCGCCGCCUCUGCUACAUCCGCUGCCACUUCGACUGCUGCCGCUGUAUCUGCUACCUCCUCAGUCUCAAGCAGUGUCACGGACUCUGAAGCUUCAUCCUCCGACUCUGCCGCCUCUGCUACAUCCGCUGCGACUACGACUGCUAUCGCUGAAUCUGCCACCUCCUCCGCCUUAAGCAGUGACGUUGCCUCCGUAACUUCAUCAUCCGACUCUGUUACCGCAGACAGUGCAACUACCAGUGGCAAUGAGGAAUUGGUAGCCCCUACAUCGGCCUCUUCAUCCUCGGUGUCGGCGUCAACUUCGGACUCUGUCGCUUCUGCCACUAUUUCAUCAUCAUCAUCAGCCACUGCUUCUGCCUCUGCCGUCUCAUCAUCCGGUUCUGGGUCCAACUCAUCGUCUUCAGGUGAUGAUGAUGACGACGACGACGAUUAUGAGUACUGCGAGAGACACACGAAGAGUAAACAUCACAGUCGUUCCAUCUCCAACGCCCGCCGUCACCACGAUGCUCAUAGGCGUCUCACGUCCAGCGAUUUCUAA